AGCUGUUCAAACAGCGGUGUGCCAGUGAGGAGUUGUCUUAUCAUCUGUCCCUCUUUGUCUUUACCGGACCCUGCUGCCUGUCACAUGGCUGUAAUUAAAGGGCUGAAUAUGUAUGAAAAGCGUCAUGGUGUCACUUCAGCGCUUACUUUAAGCAGCUCCUAUCAGCAGGUUCUGAGAUGCCGCUCUUUGGCCCCCUCCUCUCUGCUUCAGGUUUUCUUUCCUUUUUUUUUUUUUCUUCACUCCUACCCUUUAAUGCGUUGCAAGCUCACUGCCCUGAAACCUGAUGAGCCAUUCAGCCCUAUGGGAAUUUCUCCCUCUUGCGUGCAAGUGUUGCAUCUGUGUCUGCCAGCAGCAUCGCAAGAAGACAAGGAGCUUGCUAACCAUCCGCAGCCAGCCUGCCCCUGAACAAAUGCGAAGAAAGUUCACUCCAAUCCACCAUGCAGUGCCUGUGCCGGAGUGACAACUACACUGAGGAAGAGGAUGGAAAAGCUCUGCUUGCAAGACCCUAUCACGAACCUGUAAGGCAUCCCAUGCACGGGCACAAGUCUAAGGGCAUUUCAAAGCAACUUGGAACACUUAUCUUGUAGUUUUUCUAUGCCGGUCACCACUGUGGAAGCAGGGGAAAAGUAGGCAUCGCCUCUCGGCUCACCUUACACCCUGGAGUGACUUCAAGAGAAGGUCUAACUAAAGAGCCAUAAACUCCACAGGCACUGACAGCAAACUUGCUUUUGGAUUUUCUUUUCUUUUUUUUUUCCUGUGGACAUCCACAUAAAACAGAUGUCAAAGGGGUCUGUGUGCUGCCGUGCAGACAUCUCUCACAAGGACAGCAACAUCGCAGCAUUUCACCAGCUAGAGCUAGUGAGCUCCAGACCAUGAUGACGAUGAUGCACGACAUUAUCACAUUCUGGGAACGAUGACCUUAAGGUUUCCUAGACGAGCAGAAUUAUGUCAGAGAAGCUAAUGAAGAAUUUGACAGCAGCCAGCGACAACAUGUCAAGUCCUCAACACCUGGGCGGCCACAGACUUUGGCACAUCAUUACUAUAGCAACUCUCAGUGCCAUUGCCAGCCUCAUUACAAUCACCGGGAACAUCCUUGUGAUGAUAUCCUUUAAAGUCAACAGUCAGCUGAAGACAGUGAACAAUUACUACCUGCUGAGCCUAGCCUUUGCCGACCUCAUUAUCGGAGUGUUUUCGAUGAAUCUCUACACGUCUUACAUUCUGAUGGGGUACUGGUCUCUAGGCAGCCUGGCGUGUGAUUUAUGGCUUGCGCUAGAUUAUGUAGCCAGCAAUGCUUCAGUGAUGAACUUGUUGGUCAUCAGUUUUGACAGAUACUUCUCAAUCACCCGUCCACUGACUUACCGGGCCAAACGAACCCCCAAACGGGCAGGUAUAAUGAUUGGACUGGCAUGGCUGAUAUCAUUUAUCCUGUGGGCCCCUGCAAUUUUGUGCUGGCAGUACUUUGUGGGAGAGCGAACCGUUCGCCCUGAUGAAUGCCGCAUUCAGUUUUUCACAGAGCCCAUUAUCACCUUUGGCACUGCCAUUGCUGCUUUCUACAUUCCCGUUUCCAUCAUGACAAUCCUGUAUUGGCGCAUCUACAAGGAGACGGAGAAGCGCACAAAGGAUCUGGCGGAACUUCAAGGUUCAAAUUCACCAGCGGACCCCAGGACAACUAAACCCCAGAAAGUCCUUCUCAAAACCUGUUUCAAUUGCAAGCAGCAGGCAAGCACUGGACGAGAACAGACCCAAACGUCCUGGUCCUCUUCUAGUAGGAGCACAGCUACCAAAAUGACGUCCACUCAGAGCAGUGACAACAACUGGACCAAAAAUGAUCAGGAGGCUUCAUUCAGUGGCUACCCAUCUUCUGAGGAGGAUGACAGACAUGUAAGCAAACCUAUUUUUCAGCAAGCCUUUAAGAGCCAGAGCAAUGGCCAACAUGAAAGUGCAGAAAGUGAAGAGAGCAGCCAAACCCCUCACAAAGAGGAUGCAAAGUUGUCCAGCUACAAAAAUUCUACUUACUUCACAUCCCCCACCAAAUACCAUCUCCAAAAGACCAAAAAAGGGCUUUCUUACAAAUUCAAAUCCGUAGCAAAGGACAGCAGCAAAGCCCAAUGUGCCAAUGAUUGCUCUCAGCUCACUCCUUCUGCCUGCUCUUCAGCUGAGUCAGUGGGACAGGCCUCUUCCAAAUCCUUGGACCCCAACCUGAAAAACCAGAUAACUAAAAGGAAGCGGAUGGUGCUCAUCAAGGAAAAGAAGGCGGCUCAAACACUCAGUGCCAUUCUCUUGGCUUUCAUCCUCACAUGGACCCCAUACAACAUCAUAGUUUUAAUUUCAACCUUCUGCUCCGAGUGCAUUCCCGUUUCCUUGUGGCAUCUGGGCUACUGGUUGUGUUACGUCAAUAGCACCAUCAAUCCCAUUUGCUAUGCCUUGUGCAACAAGACCUUUCAAAAGACAUUUAAAAUGCUGCUUUUCUGCCAAUGGAGAAAAAAACGAGCAGAGCAGAAGUUAUAUUGGUCAACAGCCCCUCGUCCAUAGACCUGCUGUGGGCUAUGAUCUAGAGUAUGCUUGAACUACUAACCAUGGAAGACAAAAAAAGGAUUUUUUUCUUUGGGGAUCUGCUUAGAUGGGAAUGAAUGCUGGCAAAAAAAAGAAACAACUGUGUUGGUGUGCUUGUAGCUAUAUGGGUGUGCAAGAAGAAUCCCCCCCAAUUACCAUCAAUCAUGAAUUGCUACCAAAUCUGAAGUGUUUUCAAAAUAACAAAUUAAUAUACUGCAGCCAGCAGAGCACUAAUUAUCUGGGCAAACUAGGAUGCUAGGGUAACGAAAAAUAAUUGCAUCUACAUAGCAUUACAUUCUCAGAAAGUUCUGGGUCAUGCAAGCCAGAGAAUAUUCCAGCAGCACUAGGAGCAAGAAAGAAAUGCAAUGUCCAAUCCCACUUAAACUAACAUGCUAAUCUUUGGGAAUGUGGGAAGAAAACUGGAGUAGUUGGUGGGACCAGGCACAAGAAUCAAGCUCAGAACAUUAAGUCUGUGAUGGCACUGUUCCACCCAUUGCAUAUCAAUGGGCUUCAAUACUCAGUAUGUCAUGCAUAUUAUUAUAUCGUUUUAUAUAUACAGCACUGAACAAAAGUACAUGUAUAAAAUGUAAGGGGAUGCAAAUUUUGUUUAUGACAUAAGCUAGCUGCUUGAGUAAUUACGUUAAGAAGGCAUUGGGAUGACCAAGUGCUUAAAUAAUUGGGACUCUGCGAAUGCCAAUAACAAGACAUAACAGAAACAGUCAGAUGAUCGAAGUUUGACUCACCAGAAACAGCAGCUGGCAGCCCAUUCAGGUACCCAAUUCUUGGGCUGAUUCCAGCCUUGUACCUGGAGCUGCCAGAACUGGUUGCAAUCUUCCAAGUCUUGAGCCUGUAUUGGAAAAUAUGGGUUCAGAAAAUGAAUGGAUGGAUGCACUAUUGUGUUUGGGAUUGUAACAUAUUUAGAUAAAACGAAACAGCUAGUUAAUAGGUGCUUAAAUGAUAGAUAGAU